CCUUCCUCCCCUCUCUCCCCUGCUUUUUCACAAAUACAGCCACAGAGAGUGAUGCAGCAGCUCAGAUGAUUGACACUUACAUUUACAUCAAUACCAAAGAAAACAAACAACGGACUAAAAAUCUUACAGUUGCUAUAUAUACCCAAAGUGUGACAUCUAGCCCCUGUAGUAUGUGAAAUGUUUUCUGCUUGGCAUCAAGCUACACUCAAAGUGGAUCAUUUAAGAGCGAAGAAUGCUGUUUAUCACAUUCCCCACCCUGAAAUAACGCAUCACCCUCGCCCGUUAUAACGCUCAACGCGGAUAGAGGGGGAUGAUCGCGCUGCGCACAGACCACGAUGAUGAUGAUGAUGUAAUAAAUUCACGCACCGGUGAUUCUAGAGCACACAAUCCUCACGCGGAUCACGCUCACGGCACGGUGAUGUCAUUAUCUUUACCGUGAGCCGUGUUAAGGAAUUUCAAUCCUGCACGGAGAUACCGGAGAGCAUCCCAUCUCGGCGUGCCUCCAUGAGGACAAAUCUCAGGACUGCGGCGCUGAUGGCUGUUGCGGUCGGGACUGCACCAAGCUCCGGUAAUAACAGCUGCGACCCCUGCGCUCAGCCGAGCGGCGAGAUCCGUGAAACGGAUGCACACGAGAACGCGCGCUUCAUUGCAGCGACUCUCUAUACGGAAUAUCGGUCAUCAUAACGGGAAUUCGGAUUCCUAUAAUCGGUGUGGAUUUGAAUGACAGGCAGCAUCCGAGAGCCCUUUUAGGACUGUCAAAACAAAUGAAGAAACAGUCUUCGGUGCCUGUUAUAAUUCAGUCGGUAAUUCUUGCUCUUACCGGAGACUGAACACAUUUGCAUCCGGGGGCCACAAGUGCCUGUUUUCUUUCACCAGAUUGACCCUUAAUGGAAACUGAUGCCCUGUUGCCUUUCCUCAUCCGUGUCUACCUCUUCAACCCUCAUUUCUCCUCUAGGGACCCGAGUAAACCAGCAAACCAGGACUAAACGUCUCACUAAAUGUCUCUUUGAUUAAAAAAUGACAAGAGCGGAUGAUUCAUGUUGUUGUUUCUUUGCUCCGGUUUACUGUAUUUACACCAAAAUUUCAGAAUCGGAAACUCCCGUUGCGCUCAUCUGGUGCUAGGGUGCGCGAGGGGCAGCUGUCUCGAGAGCAAUAAACGCCCGUUAUUUCAAGGGAUUAAGCGCUUUAUUUUAAGGGAUUUCUCAGGAUCGCAUGAUGGCAAAUGAACCCGUUAUCCUCAACGUGUAUGACAUGUACUGGAUAAAUGAAUACACGUCAACUCUGGGUAUUGGGGUCUUCCACUCAGGAAUUGAGAUCUAUGGCAGAGAGUUUGCAUAUGGGGGUCAUCCAUACCCUUUCAGUGGCAUUUUCGAGAUCAGUCCUGGAAAUGCCCCAGAACUGGGCGAGACUUUCAAAUUCAAAGAGGCUAUAGCUCUAGGUACGACAGACUUUGCAGAGGAGGACAUUGAUAAGAUAAUGGAGGAGUUGGGGAAGGAGUUCAGGGGAAACGCCUACCACCUGAUGCACAAAAACUGCAACCACUUCUCUUCUUCGCUUUCAGAGUUGCUGUGUGGAAAAGAGAUCCCCCGCUGGGUGAAUCGGUUGGCAUAUUUAAGCUCCUGUAUUCCGUUCCUGCAGAGUUGUCUACCCAAAGAGUGGCUCACGCCCGCUGCGCUUCAGAGUCAUAUCAGCAUGGGACUUCGGAAAGAGAACACUCAUUCACACUUACACGAGUCCAGUGACGAUGAACCCUCAGAGGCUGGACAGCCUGGAACAUCACACACCUGCAGACACACACGCGUGUGACCUUGCAAACAAAUUUAUACGAAUUAACACACAGUAUUACACUUAUAUGACCCCACAUAAUGACUGCUGAUACAGCGCCUCCUACUGGACUGGAUAAACUAGACCUUGUCACUUUAAGGGGAAAUCAAAGUCAUUUUUCUUGGAGCCACCAGGGAUAUAAAAACAACUUGUAAUUGUACUUUUUAAUAUCUGAAGUUUUAGAACUAUUUGAGUUUUAAUAUGGUUUUAGGAAAGCUGUGUUCGCCAUUUAGUCGUGUGAGCUGUUCUUUCUGAAGGUGAAUGGGUCACCACGGUGGACUGCCCCCUGCUGGUGUGUAACAGCACUACAGGCACCUUUACAACACUUUCAGUAGUGUACUGUACCCAUUUCUAUCAGUCCUUUAGACUUUUAAUCACAUGUCUGGAUGUUCUCCAGAUUUAGCCGAGUUUGCUGUGUAUUCAAUAAUUUUCUAUGUUGUGGAGAUGAAGAAAUGGAACAUUAUUCACUGCUUGUUGUUCUUUAUUGAACAGCACACCAUCUGCAGAAGAACUCAAAUUCUUGACUUUUCCCAUCAAUUUCUUUAUUAACAUAAUAGAGAUUUAAAAGAUUUAGUUUCCCCAAAAUGAACUGUCAUCAUUUGUGAGUAAAUUAGUACAGAAUUUUGGGGUAAAUUAACCUCGUAUGAUGUCAAACUUUUAAUACCUUUCUUUCUUGUCUUUGAUUCUACUGUUUAUAUGCUAUUAUAGUGCAAGGUUUGUAUGGUGUGCUUUCAAUAUACAUUGAUGGAUUUAUACUAGGGCAGAUGACAGCAUAUGACUCACACACGUUGGAAAAUUCAGCCUUAUUAAUGUAAGCCAUCGAUAUGCUAGACUCGAGCGAAACAAAAGCAUCUCGUUCAGUCGUCAAGAAAACAAAGGGGGCAAUUGUAAGGGUGAAGCUGGGGGUGGGUGCGAAAGUGUGGGUGUGGUCUACACAUGAAGUUGGCAUCUGUACUGUAUUGCAGUGAUGAUUAAAUGCAUGCCUAAGUGAUUUAGUGAGAGGGGAGGUGCUAACGGGUUGGGUGGUUAAAUGGUCGUUUCUUUUGCCUUGAGUUUCUCAAGAGCAGACUGAACAGAUUAAUGUGCUGUUGAUUGUUCCUGAGCCAUCUACACCACACUAACAAUACAACAUAUUUCCCUACGCCUCCAAGUGUAAAAAUCUAAUUGAAAUCCUUUGCAACAUAUUUUACUAUUGUGAUAUGAUAAUCUAAUACAUUUCUGAAUUGAAUUGCAUAUUCAAAAAAUGUAGGACUAGACUGAAAUUAUGCAUUAUUAAUUGAAUGCAUUGUACAAGUGAUUGUUGAUACAGAAUAGAGGCGGGUGAUUUGAUUGAAUUGGCUAAAAAGCAUGAGGGAUUUGUGACGUCAGACUAACAAAAAAUGUCAGAUUAAGUUGUUACAUCUUAGUUAAAGAUAUUUAACAUUAAACAAAAUUCAUUUAUAAAGCCAGCCAAAAUUUGGAGAUCGCUUUUUUUUGCCAUUUUAUGUUUCUCUCUUUAGAAGAGUGUACUUUAGAGUGUAGAAGCUCAUGUUCCCCUGUGUUUCUCAGGAUUGCAUGGCAUUGCAAGUAGUAACAGUUUCAUGACCUCUGGAGUAAAAUGGGAAAUGUGUUUUUGGUGACUUAUUUAUAUAACUGAAUUUGGAAUAUGGGUCUAUUUACUGUUAUUUUCACAAAGUAGUGCUUACGACUUGUUGGAGCGUUUUGUAUUCGAUUAUUUCUUGUUUUAUCUCAGCUGAGGCCACAGUUGAUAACUUUUACUAGACAUCCCGUUUUGUAGGCAUAGUCCACCGAUUCCCUUUUGCCUCAGUUACUAUUUCUUGUUUUGAUGUGGUUCAUUCCAGACAUUUACAGGUGAUGGAUAUAUAAAUGAAUAAAACAAAUCAAGA